CGACAGUUACUUCCGCUCCAAACGGAAAUCUAAAGCUGCUGUGUAAUGGUACAAUUUAGCUGCUUGAGCAUCACGGCGUAGUCCUUAGGAACCAAUCUAAAACAAAUAUGCCAGACUAUUUAGGAGACGACCAGAGGAAAACAAAGGAAGAGGACAAGGAUGACUCCCCAAUUAGAGCUUUGGAUGAAGGAGACAUCGCUUUGCUGAAGACCUAUGGUCAAAGCACAUAUUCCAGACAGAUAAAGCAAGUGGAAGAUGACAUCCAGCAGCUGCUUAAAAAGAUCAAUGAGCUUACAGGUAUCAAGGAGUCAGACACGGGUCUGGCACCGCCGGCUCUCUGGGAUCUUGCCGCUGACAAACAGACUCUUCAAAGUGAGCAGCCGCUCCAGGUUGCCAGAUGCACAAAGAUCAUCAACGCAGACUCUGAGGACCCAAAGUACAUCAUCAACGUGAAGCAGUUUGCCAAGUUUGUGGUGGACUUAAGCGAUCAGGUGGCCCCGACUGACAUCGAGGAGGGCAUGAGAGUAGGUGUUGACAGAAACAAGUAUCAGAUCCACAUCCCCCUGCCGCCUAAAAUUGACCCAACCGUCACCAUGAUGCAGGUGGAGGAGAAGCCUGACGUUACAUACAGUGAUGUCGGUGGAUGUAAGGAGCAGAUUGAAAAACUGAGGGAAGUGGUUGAGACCCCCCUGCUGCAUCCGGAGCGCUUCGUCAAUCUGGGCAUCGAGCCUCCAAAAGGCGUUCUGCUGUUCGGGCCACCCGGUACCGGAAAGACCCUGUGCGCCCGCGCCGUGGCCAACCGCACCGACGCCUGCUUCAUCAGAGUCAUCGGCUCCGAGCUGGUGCAGAAGUACGUGGGAGAGGGCGCCCGCAUGGUGCGUGAGCUCUUUGAGAUGGCCAGGACCAAGAAGGCCUGUCUUAUCUUCUUUGAUGAAAUCGAUGCCAUCGGAGGCGCACGGUUCGACGACGGCGCCGGUGGCGACAACGAGGUUCAGAGGACCAUGCUGGAGCUCAUCAACCAGCUGGACGGCUUCGACCCCCGCGGCAACAUCAAAGUGCUAAUGGCCACCAACAGACCCGACACCCUGGACCCGGCCCUGAUGAGACCCGGACGCCUGGACAGAAAGAUAGAGUUCAGCUUGCCGGAUCUGGAGGGUCGCACACACAUCUUCAAGAUUCACGCUCGCUCCAUGAGUGUCGAAAGAGAUAUUCGCUUCGAGCUGCUGGCUCGCCUUUGUCCCAACAGCACAGGUGCUGAGAUUCGCAGCGUGUGCACAGAAGCUGGCAUGUUUGCCAUCAGAGCUCGCAGGAAGAUCGCCACAGAGAAAGACUUCCUGGAGGCCGUUAACAAAGUAAUCAAGUCCUACGCCAAGUUCAGCGCCACACCCCGAUACAUGACCUACAAUUAAGUUCGCCCGCUUUGGCUUUUUACGUGGAAGAAGGCAGCGAACUGAAGAAAUAUUGUUUGUUUUGUUGUCACCUAAAAUAAAUUGUAUUCCAAAUAAUA